AUGAGAUGUAUGACAUACAAAUGUGUGUUAAUAUUUAUAAUAAUCAAAUGUGUCAAAUCUCAAGACAAUAACCCUGAUCAACCUGAUGAUGAAGAAGAAGAAGAUAAUUUUGAAGUUUUAGAUCUAGAUAAAAUCAUUCAGGACCGAAUUAGCCGUUUUGAGGAUCCUCAAUAUCAACCACAAUAUCAACAAUUACAAGAAUCUCAAUAUCCAACCCAACCUCAGACUCAACCCCAACAAUAUGAUUAUUAUCAAGGAGAAUCACAAGAAUUAUCAGUAUAUCAACCCCAGUAUUAUCAAUCUCAAUCAUUACAAUAUCAACCACAAUCUCAUUCCGAACAAUAUGAUCAAUAUCAAGGAGAAUCAUUACAAUAUCAACCACAAACUCAUUCCGAACAAUAUGAUCAAUAUCAAGGAGAAUCAUUACAAUAUCAACCACAAACUCAUUCCGAACAAUAUGAUCAAUAUCAAGGAGAAUCAUUCUAUUAUCAGCCUGAAUUACAACAAUAUCAACCACAGCAAGUACAAUAUGGGCAAUAUGUGUCUUAUCAUCCUACUACGGCUCCACAAACAUCGCAACCUACCCAACAAUCAGAACAAUAUUAUCAACCUAGUCAGCCUUAUCAACCUCAGCAACCAUCUAUACCAGAAUUAACUCAACCAAGUUAUCAGAAUUAUGAAGUUAGUCAAGUUAUCCAACAAUCAGAACAGUAUUAUCAACCCAGUCAACCUCAACAACCUCAGCAACCAGAUCAGUAUUACGAUCCUUAUCAUCCUACUCAACAACAACAAAGUUAUCAGUAUUAUUUAUCACCAUCGGCACCUCAACCUCAGCAUCAAUAUUAUGAAGUUAGUCAACCUACUCAACAACAACAAUAUUACGAACCUCCACAACCUGCCCAACCAAGUUAUCAAUAUUAUUUACCUCCACCACCUCAAUCACCCACUCAACCACAGUAUCAGUAUUAUUUAUCACCACCACAGCAACAACCUCAACCAGUAACUCAGUCACCUCAACCUCAAUCAGAAACUGUAGAAGACGAUGAUAAUUUCUAUGUGACAGAACAUGAUCAACCACAACAGGAACCUUCUGUAACUGAUACUGGGUUUAUAUAUGGACCAACUCAACCUGCUACUCAACCUGCUAUACCACCUACACAAUAUUUAACGCCACCUCAAGAACAUGUAGCUGAAGAACCUACUCAACAGUCAAUUCAGCCACAAAAGAAACCAGGAAAAAGAAAAAGAACUCGAGCUACAAGUGGAGAGGAAGAUGAGGAGGAGGAAGAAGAACCUGUUAAGCUAAAAAAGCCUAGACCAAUUAAAAAAUCUAAAAACAUCAACUUCUAUAAAAGAAACUAUCUGGGAAAUCUGGAAGAAAUGGACGAGGGUGAGUAUGUUGUUAUAUAUGGCGAUAAAAAGAAAAAAGAUUAUGAAUUCAAUACAAAUCUUGAGCAGCUAGAAUUUAACAAUGAGGUUAUCUACGAACAUAUAAAUGGAACAUCUUAUUGUUCAUUAUUAAGUCACAGUAAAGAAACUGAUGUUUUUAUCCUGACCAACAGUGAUGGAUUUACAUUAGUUAAGAAAAGUAGUGGGAUAUGGACAAGAACUGAUCAUGUUAUUCCAAAUUACGUUAAACUAUUCACACAAGAUUCUGGAGGGAAUGAAAUCCUAUUAACUGAAGGAGAUUAUGAUAUUGAUUUUACUUCAAGUGGAUCCUUUAGAUAUAUAUUAGGCCCAGGUGUAAAAUGCUGUAAAAUAGUAGCUGAGGGUCUGACUGUAUGGGAGAAGACCGAAAAAGAUGAUGGUUAUCCCAUAAUGAUUUAUUUAUCAAUAAAACGUAUAAUUAUUGUUAAGUUUGAAAAAUAUAGUAAAACGUUCCGUAAAAGGGUUAAGAAAUUUAUACUUUUAUACACUAGAAAAUUUUGCAAAAAGACAUAAAUACAAAUAAAUUAAUUUUAACAGAUACAAUAUGUUAUUGUAAAAGUAGUUCCGUGUGUUGAAUAUGUCAAGUAUUUUUAAAUUUUCAGGAUAUGUAAAGAUUUUAUAUAUUAA